AUGUUUUCCAAUCAAAUUCCAUCACCUCAACCAACGGUUCAACGUCUUGUUCCUCAACUAAGACCGUUUCAUUUUCAGCCCAUAUUUUCUCAUCCAAUUCCACCACCUCAACCGCUAAUUCCACCUCCUCAACGACCAAUCUUGUAUUUUUCUCCUGGGCCAUCACAUCCUCCUCCUCCUUCUCCACCUCAUCAACCUCCCCGCGUUCGUGCUCGUCUUAACCCACGAAGUGAAAAAAGCGAAACCAUCCCUAUACCUUUUCCAUGGGCUACUAAUCGAAGAGCAAAGCUUCACAGUUUGCAUUAUCUUCGCCAUAAUGGAAUAGUUAAUAUCAUUGGAGAUGUCCAAUGCAAGAGAUGCGAUACAAUAUUUGAAAUGUCAUUUGACGUGACAAAGAAGUUUCCUAAACUCUGGACAUACAUUCUCGAAAACAGACAAUUCAUGAACGAUAGGGCGCCACCAAAUGUAUGGAUGAAUCCAACGUUGCCGGACUGUGUGCAUUGUAAUCAAGAAAACUGUGUAAAACCAAUCAUCGUUAAGAAGAAAAAGAAUAUCAAUUGGUUGUUUCUGUUGCUAGGUCAAUUGCUUGGCUGUUGCAACCUUGCCCAAUUGAAAUAUUGCUGCAAGCACACAAACAAUCAUCGAACCGACACAAAGGAUAUAGUUCUUUAUUUAACCUAUCUCGCACUCUGCAAGCAACUUGAUUCUACCAGACCUUUUAAUCUUUAA